UAAGUCAAUCAAGCAAGACUAUACAAGUAAAAUAACAGUUUGCUUUCGUUUAAUUUUGUUGAUAAACCAGGUAAUUUAUUCAAAUUAUUUGAUGUUGGACAUGUUAAGUGCUAAUAAUUGAUCAUGGUAUCAUUAUUGCUAGAGGGCAGAGGAUGGGCAGCAUAUUUCAUUCCAAUCCCUGAAUGAGCUGGCAAGCAAGUUGUUAAAAUCUUGAAUUCCUUCUGGAAUGCUUUUGGAUUUUCAUAUAUGCAUGACGACCCGCAAUCAAACCAUCUCCGCUUCUUACCAAACAGCAUCAAACUUUCCCAAAUAUCUAUUGCUAUGGAUCCGUACAAGAACCUUCCAUCAAACGCUUAUAAUUGCUCCUUCUGGACUACGAAUUCUGGUGCUCCAGUAUGGAACAACAAUUCGUCCUUGACUGUUGGAGCCAGAGGUCCAAUCCUUCUUGAGGACUAUCAUCUGUUGGAGAAACUUGCAAACUUUGAUAGGGAGCGGAUUCCAGAGCGUGUUGUGCAUGCUAGGGGAGCAAGUGCAAAGGGUUUCUUUGAGGUCACCCAUAAUGUCUCUCAACUCACAUGUGCUGAUUUCCUUCGAGCUCCGGGGGUUCAGACUCCUGUCAUUGUCCGUUUCUCCACUGUUAUUCAUGAGCGGGGCAGCCCAGAAACCAUAAGGGAUCCUCGAGGUUUUGCUGUGAAGUUUUACACCAGAGAGGGUAACUUUGAUCUGGUGGGAAACAAUUUCCCUGUUUUUUUCAUCCGCGAUGGAAUGAAGUUCCCAGAUGUGGUGCAUGCUUUUAAGCCCAACCCCAAGUCUCACAUCCAGGAGAGCUGGAGGAUCUUUGACUUUCUAUCCCAUGUUCCUGAAAGCUUGCACAUGCUCACCUUCCUUUUUGAUGAUCUGGGUAUUCCUCAAGAUUACAGGCACAUGGAAGGCUCUGGCGUUAACACAUAUACUUUAAUAAACAAUGCUGGAAAAGUACACUAUGUUAAAUUUCACUGGAAACCUACUUGUGGUGUGAAGUGUUUGCUAGAGGAAGAGGCAAUCAAGGUUGGAGGAUCUAAUCAUAGCCAUGCCACUCAGGAUCUAUAUGACUCGAUUGCAGCUGGCAACUAUCCAGAAUGGAAACUUUACAUCCAGACAAUGGAUCCUGAUCAUGAAGACAAAUUUGAUUUUGAUCCACUUGAUGUGACUAAGACCUGGCCCGAGGAUAUCCUGCCUCUUCAACCGGUUGGCCGCUUGGUCUUGAAUAAGAACAUUGACAAUUUCUUUGCUGAGAAUGAGCAACUUGCGUUCUGCCCUGGUAUUGUGGUUCCUGGUAUUUCAUAUUCGGAGGACAAAUUGCUCCAAACUAGGAUCUUUUCCUAUUCUGAUACCCAGAGGCAUCGUCUUGGAUCGAACUAUCUACAGCUACCUGUUAACGCUCCAAAGUGUGCUCAUCACAACAAUCACCAUGACGGUUUCAUGAAUUUCAUGCACAGAGAUGAGGAGGUCAAUUACUUCCCAUCCAGGUGUGAUCCAGUUCGCCAUUCUGAGAGAUUUCCCAUUCCUUCCACUAUCUGCAGUGGAAGGCGCGAUAAGUGUGUCAUUGAGAAGGAAAACAAUUUCGAGCAACCUGGAGAGAGAUAUAGAUCCUGGGCGCCUGACAGGCAAGAGCGAUUCCUAAACCGGAUGGUUGGUUGCCUAUCUGAUCCCCGUAUCACUCAUGAGCUUCGUAGUAUCUGGAUCUCCUACUGGACUCAGUGUGACAGAUCCCUGGGUCAAAAGCUAGCAUUCCGGCUCAACGUGAGGCCAAGCAUUUGAAGAUGAUGCCACCCUAAUAUUCCACGUUGCAGAUAGAAGAUACUGUUUCUGAAACACAACUUCUAUCUCAAUCUUUGAUUGCUAUCACAUUGUUGUAAUAGUAAGCAAAACUUGCAUGUUUUAUGUCUCUUGUGACCUGAUGUUCUAAUAUAAUAAAUUUCAAGUUGUGCGCUGUCCAUUUAGACUGUAUUAGUCUCUAAUCUUGUAUGGGAUGUAGUUUGCUGGAUUCAUAUCUUUCUUUUUUUUUUACUAAGGAUUGGGAGAGUAUGGAUUCAAACCUUACACUUACUAAAUGAUUGAUAUAUCGAGAUUCAAACC